CUGACUCCGCAGGCACAACGCACCCCUCCCUAUUCUACCUCUCUCUCCCUCUGUCGUUCCAUUUUACUGUGUGUGCUCAGGGGGUUUCUUUGCCAUCUGCGAGGACCGCGCUCAUGUGUUUGUGUGUUCAAUCUUAUGCACACACAAUAAACUUUUCUACCGGACACCAGAUAGAAUUUCAAAGACACCUGCACCGAAAACAAUAAUAUUCGGAACAUUUCUUCCGGACAAAAACCUUGAUCUGCUCUGGAGAUCCUUUUUAUUUUGUGGCUUUUAGUACCCUUUUCAACGAUUUAUGUUUCAUUCGAAACAGGAGCUCGGAAACAUGUUGAGGAGAGGAGGUAUUUCUUUUGAAAGGUUCCCGAAGUUGGGACGCCAAUGAAGCGCGAUGCAAGAGGAACACACACUCUGGGCGUCACUGAACUCAUCUAGAGGACCUCAUCUCAUCUCCUCCCCCUCCUUAACUCUACUGAGCUCCUCCCCUCCUACCUCCCUCCUCCAUCCCAGUUAAAGCCUCCCCCUCCUUAACUCUACUGACCUCCUCCCCUCCUACCUCCCUCCUCCAUCCCAGUUAAAGACUCCCCCCUUCUUAACUCUACUGACCUCCCCUUCUACCUCCCUCCUCCAUCCCAGUUAAAGACUCCCCCUCCUUAACUCUACUGAGCUCCUCCCCUCCUACCUCCCUCCUCCAUCCCAGUUAAAGACUCCCCCUCCUUAACUCUACUGACCUCCUCCCCUCCUACCUCCCUCCUCCAUCCCAGUUAAAGACUCCCCCCUCCUUAACUCUACUGACCUCCCCUUCUACCUCCCUCCUCCAUCCCAGUUAAAGACUCCCCCUCCUUAACUCUACUGAGCUCCUCCCCUCCUACCUCCCUCCUCCAUCCCAGUUAAAGACUUCCCCUCCUUAACUCUACUGACCUCCUCCCCUCCUACCUCCCUCCUCCAUCCCAGUUAAAGACUCCCCCCUCCUUAACUCUACCUGUGAGAAGAAAGCUAGUGGGCGGGCCCACUGUAUGAUUCCAUUACCCACUUCUUAACACCUGUGAAACACUGACCAAUCACCAUGCAGACAUCAUCUCUCCGUCGCCAGGUGAAGAACAUGGUCAACCAAUACUCAGAGGCAGAGAUCAAGGUCCGCGAGGCGACCUCCAACGACCCGUGGGGCCCCCCCUCCUCUCUGAUGUCAGAGAUCGCUGACCUGACCUUCAACGUGGUGGCGUUCACUGAGGUCAUGGGCAUGAUCUGGAAACGCCUCAACGACAGCGGGAAGAACUGGAGACACGUCUACAAGGCCCUGACUCUACUCGACUACCUGAUCAAAACAGGCUCGGAACGUGUGGCGCAGCAGUGCAGGGAGAACGUCUACACCAUACAGACCCUACGGGACUUCCAGUUCACAGACAGGGAUGGCAGGGACCAGGGGGUGAAUGUUAGGGAGAAGGCCAAGCAGCUGGUGGCCCUGAUGAGGGAUGAGGAGAGGCUGAAACAGGAGAGGACCCUGGCCCUGAAGACCAAGGAGAGGAUGGCUGGAGCAGCCGCAGGGUCAGGGAUGGGCUCUGGUUCUCUACCUCCACCCUACCCAGGCCGCCGUACCAGCCAGCCCAGCAUGACUGCUCUCUACGGGGAUGACUUCAGCCGGUCCAGGGAGUCCCAUUCCUCUUUCAAUUCCGCCUCUUCCUCUCCUCGCCGUGCCGCAUCAGAUAUGGAGCAGGCCCGCCCGCAGACCAGCGGGGAGGAGGAGCUACAACUGCAGCUGGCUCUGGCCAUGAGCCGAGAGGAGAGUGAAAAGCCUGCUCCCCCGGUGGACAUUGAUGACCAGACCCAGCUCCAGAUCGCCCUGAGCCUCAGCAAGGAGGAAGCUCAGAAGCCGGCCUCGCCUCCUCCGGUUGCCUUGGAUAUGGAUGAAGAGAGACAGCUCCAGAUCGCCCUGAGCCUGAGCAAAGAGGAGCACCAGCAGGAGCAACGGAGUCGCCAAGGAGACGAGUCGUUGCUCCAAAAAGCUCUGGAGGAGAGUAAACGAGAGGCGGCGUCUGGUGGAAUUGGGUCUGCCAUGAUGGAUCUGGUGGAGGUGUUUGCUGUGUCGUCUGAGGUGCCUCCUACUGCUAGUGCCAACUCUUGGAUCCUGCCAGGGGGGAACGUCCGCACCCCUCUCCACCACCCCCUCCCCCAGGCCCAGGCUGCUGCUGGGCCUGGUCACCUGCCUGGGGAUGGGGCAGCCUCCGACCCCUGGGACUCACUGGUGGAGGCUCGCUCCAACCCCGCUGUGAUAGAGUCUCCCUGGAUGAUUCCUCCCACCUACGGUAGCCCCGCCCCUCCUUGGGAGCGUAGCCUGUCCCCUCCGGACCCCUGGGAGACCCCGGGGGUAGUAGACCCAUUCUCUAUCCCAGAUGCUCUUCGAACUGGCAGCCCUACAGAUGGUGACUUGUUUGACGAGGCGAUGGACGGAGGUCAUUUCAGCCUGAACAGUCGAGGUGAGGGUGAGGGCAGCCCGGAGCUGUUUGAUCUGUCUCGCAUAGGGGACAGUCUGGGGGUCCCCAGCCCUCGGACCUGCCGGACCCCUGAAUCCUUCCUGGGGCCCACAGGGGCCUCCCUGGUCAAUCUGGACAGCCUGAUACCAGCCAACCCCCCAGCCAAGACCAAGAACCCCUUCCUCUCAGGUCUGAGUACUCCAUCUCCCCUCAACCCGUUCCAGAGUGAACAGCCUCGUCUCACUCUGAAUCAGAUGCGUCCCAGCUCCACAUCCCCCGUUCCCCCCUCCGGUCCUCCCUCCCUGCCCUACAGUGCUUCUCUGCCCCUACCCGCCAGCCACCAGCCGGCCAGCCUGCCCUCCUCCCUCACCCAGCCAACCCAUGGAGCCCUGGACAUACCUGGGCUGCCACAGCCCCUGUUACCUCUUUCCUCCAUCUCGUCUCUGGGAGAGCAGCACAGUCAGAAUCCCUUCCUAUGAUGUCUGUCCAGGUGAACUGAACCCCAAAGAUGGAAGAUAGACCAACACCAACGUCUGCCCUGCGCAGAAGAUCUGCUGGGUGUCCACGAGCGGUGUCCCGCUGGGUGUCCACGAGCGGUGUCCCGCUGGGUGUCCACGAGCGGUGUCCCGCUGGGUGUCCACGAGCGGUGUCCCGCUGGGUGUCCACGAGCGGUGUCCCGCUGGGUGUCCACGAGCGGUGUCCCGCUGGGUGUCCACGAGCGGUGUCCUGCUGGGUGUCCACAAACGGUGACGAUUCAGCAUGUGGAAUCGUCGAGAAAUGAAUAGAAAACGACGACCGAUGUUUUGUAGUCAGAUGUGACAGGACGCCCACCCGCUGUCGCACGGCCGGCAUUCAUGUUGGUAUAUCCUCUAUCUCUGGUGGAUGGAACAGAGAAUAGACAUGACUCUUAUUAGGUUUCUUCCUGUCAAUCUAACCUCAAGACUCAACAACUGGAAUUCAGACUGAACUGAAAUCCCCUUAAGUUGUUAUUUUGUUGUUGUUUUUCUAUGGGCUAUAGUACUGUAACCCUUAGAUUGCUGCCUCUGCUACGAUCUGCUCUAUGCUUUAACCACAACCUGUCCUGUUACUCCUCUCUGCUGAAGAGAGUGAUGGAGGCUACUGCCUCUGCUCGGGUCUGCUCUUUGCUUUAACCACAACCUGUCCUGUUACUCCUCUCUGCUGAAGGGAGUGAUGGAGGAGGAACGAGAGGUAGAAAGAAAGAGAAUAUACCCAGAACGUGUUUAGGUCUAUAGUAACCUAAUCCUAAGCCAUGACAGAUCCUGUACAUACACGCCGACGCCCAGGCUCAUCCUCUGCUAUAGAAAGCAGUAGGUGAAGACGUUUCCAUGUUAAAGUAAUUAGCAAUACCUUACAGAUGAGUGUGUCUGUACUAACCUGGUCUCAGAUCUGUUUGUGCUGUCCUGCCAACUCCUAUGGAUCAUUGGCUAUACAGCAGAAACAGAUCUGGGACCAGGUUAGUUAACUGCUUUUCCAACUGCUUCUUACCCAGUCACAUGCCCCGCCCACUCUGCUGCACACUUUAGUUUGAUUGGCUCCUCACUGUUGCUCCUGAUCCAGCACUGAACUGAUUGUACACCAGCUAUGCCUGCUUAUCUCUCCGACCGACGGACCACAAUGCACUGGGACAGGACGCCCACUGUUCCUGCCGCACUACUCUAUGCUGAUUGGUCGGUCCGCUCUCUGGACUGCUUUCAUUGGUUGGCUCUUUCUCGCCUAUUAUCUCUCCCAUGAUGCCCCAGGGGAUAACUCGGACAAGUCUGUUCAGGAGGAUGUAACGUUACAGAAUGCUUAGAUAGAAAUGUAUCAUGUAGAACAGAUGAUUGUCUGCCAGAUAGAAUAGGGGAAGAGUGUCAGCUCUAUUCAAUCUAUUUCUAUCCGUUCAGAAUGUUUCCCAGCACAGACUGCAACUCAGAUAGAAAUGUAUCAUAUAGAACAGAUAUGAUUGUCUACCAGAUAGAAUAAGGGACGUGUGUCGGCUCUAUUCAAUAUAUUUCUAUCUGUAAAAGUUCAGAAUGAUUCCCAGCACCGACUACAACUCUGAUUUAUGAGAACAAGCAUAGAACAUUCCACGCCGAUGAUGAGACGCCAGCCAACUCCCAUCAACAUAAUGAACACGGAGUUUCCUUUUUGUUGCAUUAGGCCUAGUAAGGCUCAGUCUGACUGAGUUCUUGUGUCAGGGUGGUUUGCUGUUGGAAUGGAACUGUGGUGAUGGUGAGAGAGAUUCUAAGGUAGUUCUAUUGUAUUGUAGUGGACUGGAGUCCCUUUUGAGGGAUAUCUGAAUGAGAUCUGCUUUUCAAGAGACCGCAACCACUGCAGGAUUCACUAUAGGGGGAAAAUCCUAACGCUCUCAAUUCAAGUUGAGUUUUGCAUUGAUGUCAAUGGGAGAAGUGGACAUUCAAUUGCAGUUAGAAGCUAGGAAGCUAGCAUUCGACCCUAUAAGCAACGCAACAUAUUAGAAGAAUGUAUGAAUUGACAUCAUGAUGAUUUUCCCUCUCUCAUUGCUCGAUCAUUACUUGUGAAACACUGAUUGUCAUCAUCAAAAUAUAAGAGUAUAAUGAACUAAUAACAACACCUGG